AUGGAUGGUGUAUCGAUAGCCGUUCCAUUACCUCAUGCUCAUCUGAUGUCAUUUAUUGAAGUUUUUAACAACACAAAUACGUGCCAAAAUCAUAUCAUCGCGAACAAUCAAAAGGAAAUCAAAUUAUUUGUUCACCAGCACAAUAUGCAACGGUUAUUGGAGAAUUCAUUUGUCGACACAGUACCUCAACUAGCCAAGAUAAAUAUUUUUUGUUCAUCGCCAGGAUCGAAAGCAUUUUGGUCUACAUAUACACAACGGUACAGAAGAAUAAUUGAACAACCAUUUUUAUACAAUGAACUUAAUUUUGAAUUAUUAUUGUUCGGUUGUAAGCAUAUAAAGCAAUUAUGCGAGUGUCCGGAGUUUUCUGGUGAUAACUCUAUAAGGAAUAGAUUGAACGAGGACUUUAGAAACAUUAGUGAAGCUUUGGCUAGUAUUUUAUUGCAAAAAAUUACAAAUUUAAAUGACCAAAUUAGACUAAGUGAAGAGGCACAAUAUUGA